GACAUUUCAUAUGUCAACUAAAUUUUAAGCAAUAUGUUAUAAUUAACUAAUCAAAAAAAUUAAAAAGUGCUUAUUAUUGUUUGCAAUAUAAGCAUGAUAUUGAAUUUUGUGAACGUUUGCAAAUGAAUAUAAGGAAAUACUUAAUUUAUUAUUUAGGAAAUGUACACUCCUGUACCACAAAAUAUGACCGAUUCCGAAAGUGAAGAAGAAUUUCGCUUACAAAUAAAUGAUUGCAAGUUGAAAAAUAUGACGAAUACCCACCACAAUCUAGCAACCGAAGCCGAUGCCGAUAAUGUCGCUAUUUUAAACACACACCUAAAAAAGUCGCAACCGAUGACUAUGCUUCGGAGAGUUGUUUUCAUAUUAUCGAUAUUUGGGUGCAUUUUUACUGUAAUGUUAUUUGUAUGGAUGCUACCGUGUACAGAUAGCAAUUCAUGCCCUGCCAAAAGUGAACGCAUUUAUACACAUAACUGGUUAAGAAAUUAUGAACGCAUCGAACUAAAAGGCGCUAUCAAUGUGGUGAACGGAGUUCGAAGAACUAGCAAGAACUUGGUUUUCAUGUAUCGCAAAAAAAGCUUUUUCAAAAACGAUAACGCACUCAGUGGGACAUCUUCAAAACAAAACGGUAUCAUUUCAUUGGUUGGCAGUUCAGGAGCUGUUGCAUGGUAUGACGAAUUGAAAAAUGAACCAAUUGAUGCUGAUUGCAACUUGUUUGAUGCAGAUUCUAAUGGAGAGACUGAUUGCUUAAUUGUUGACUCGAUUGGUGAAGUUUUCUGUAUUAAUCCACUAUCAGGAUUCCGGAUUUGGCAUAUUAAUUCUGAGACGAAUAUACCUAAGAAACCGAACUUUCCUUUGGUAUUGCCUGACAUAAAUCUUGAUGGUAUAAAAGAUCUGCUAAUUUCUAGUACAACAAAGCAAUUAUCAAACAAGAAUGAAACUUUCAAUGUGCUAAAGCUUAUCAGUGGUGCCAAUGGCGAACAAAUUGGUCGCAAUUAUGUGGUCCAAAAAUGCUCAUUUAUUCACCGAUUUCACAUUAACGCAACAUUUAAAAUAAGUUUUAACUGCAUCAUCAACGAUACUGAUAUUCGUGUAACAAUUCGUCUUCAAGAGAUAUUCGAACAAGCAACUGACAAAACUAUCGAUUUACCAGAAGAAAAUAUUGAAAUCGAGCAGCAUAAAUUUUAUGGACAACGAAAGGAUACACUUCGGCAACGAAAUAUUUACUCCGUCAAUGAAAAACAAUUAAUCGUUGAAAAUUAUGGCGUUUGUCCAGAAUUGUGUAAUACAACCGUUAUGAUAUUAGAGAAUAAUGAAGAUCAAAAGGGUAAACCAAAGAUUUUGAAAUAUUUUAAUGGAACUCGAAUGUAUGGAAUGGUUCCAGCGCGUCUUUCAUUCAACAAUAGCCAUGAUCAAUCUAAGUCAUCCAUUCAUGGUUUUGUUAUUAAAUUUUGGGAAUGGAGUAUAAUAAACAACACAAACAUAACCGAUAAACCAUUCUACACGGCAAAUAGAAAUGUAUUUUCGAAUAAUCACAAAGAUUUAAACGAUUUCAAUCGAUUUAAUAAUUCCCUGCGCAAAAAACGUUCAUGGAAUACGCUCGAUUCAAAUUUAAACGUCGUUAAAAGCAGCAAUAAACUUCUGCCCGAAAAGAUCGCAUCACAAAUGCGAAUAAUCAAAGAAACAAUUGUACUUAUUAUAUUUAAUUCAACUGAUAUCCGUAUUGAAAAUACAAGUCAAAGUAACAUUGUACAAUUUUGUUAUAAUGAUGGAGAACGCAACAUAUGUCAACCAGAUCUAAAUUAUCAAGAAAAUUCAGUGUUAAUAACCGAUCUCGAUCAGGAUGGAUCACAGGAGCUGGUAAAUUUUUGGUCUACGUUUAUAGAAAAUGAAAAUGAAUGGAAGUUAAGGAGUCACGUGAAUGUAAUUAAAUGCAGUGAAAUGAAUAAAUAUUAAAAAAAAAGAAAAAUCUUGGAACAGAACUAUCACAUUUAUAUGCACUGAAUGACAUUGAGGAACAUAUAAAUCGUUACAAUUAUUUAAGUAUUUAACGUAGCUUAAGAGUUUUGAGUUAAUUUUAUCUAGUCAAAAAAUGUAACGUUUUUAAUACAUUUUAACGUUGAAAAAUUUUAUGUUUUGACCGCUUUUCGUGUCAAAUGGAACAGAGAA